ACAAUCGUGAAGUUAUCUAACGAACGCACAAAGCAUCAUCACAAAAUAUACACCGAAGUCUAACCUCGUGUCGAAAAAUUCUCCUUUCCAAAACGAAAAAAACGAGCCCAGAACACAAUCGUCGCGAUGCGAGAUGACAAGUAGCCGAAACUCGAGCCAACGAUGUCGAUAACGAGUCGACCGAUCUCCUCGAAAUCUUCGAACAAACGUCCGAUCAGUUCGAUAGACGCUCGUCGUCGCGAGCAGACUUUCAAGGAGUACGAGACUAUUCUCGAGGGACUGAAGCAGUCCUUUGACGAACGCUGGAAGCUCAACGUCGCGGCUAAUAGCGAAGAAAAUGGGACCAAGUUCGAGGAUUUUGAGAGAUUCAGGACUCUUGGGACUGGGGCUUUUGGGCGGGUCAUUCUCGUGAAGCAUAAAGCCGACGGCGGAUAUCACGCCAUGAAGAUUUUGGAUAAGUCGAAGAUCGUCAAGAUGAAGCAGGUCGAGCCAACACACAACGAGAAACACAUUCUCUGGAGUAUACGUUUCCCUUUCGUAGUCUACCUUGAGUACUGCUUUAAGGACAACUCGUACAUCUACAUGGUCCUGCCAUUCAUAAACGGCGGCGAGAUGUUCAGUCAUUUGCGUAAAAUCGGCAAGUUCGACGAAGCUCUUGCGCGAUUCUACGCAGCCCAGGUCGCUCUGGCGCUCGAGUACCUGCACAAAUGCAGCCUCGUCUACAGGGAUCUCAAGCCCGAGAAUAUCCUUAUUGAUCAUGCCGGCUACAUUCGCGUCACGGAUUUCGGAUUCAGCAAGAUGAUCGAGAAUAGAACUUGGACACUCUGCGGUACCCCAGAGUACCUCGCCCCGGAGAUAAUCCUCUCGAAGGGAUACGGCAAGUGCGUCGACUGGUGGAGCUUUGGCGUCCUGGUCUACGAGAUGAACGCGGGCUACUCGCCCUUCUAUUCCCACAACCCCAUGAAGACCUACGAGAAGAUCAGCGCUGGCAAGUAUCGUUGCCCGGCUUUCUUCAACGAGGACCUCAAGGACAUCAUCAAGAACUUGCUCCAGGUCGACCUCACCAGGAGGUACGGCAACCUCAAGGGUGGAUCCAUGGAUAUCAAGAAGCACAAGUGGUUCCAGAAGAUCGACUGGUUGAAGAUCUACAACAGAGCUGUGGUGCCUAGUUUCAUACCGCCUGUUAGAAGUCCUGGAGAUGACAGUAAUUUUGAGAAGUACGAGGAGGAGGAACUGGUCGUCGGUGAGGAGGAACUGUUUGCCAAAGAAUUUGCGAACUUUUGAGCGAAUGAAUGUCAUCGACUGUAGAUAGUUAACAUUAGUGUAAAACGAGUUUUCGUGAGUUUGUAAAUAAUGUUCGAAUAAAACGUGCUUUCUCGCUCUCUCACCUCUCAA